CCAAGCCCUCUCUCUGCAGGGCUGAACCUCACUGAGAAAAUCAAGAAGAUCAAGAUCGUCUUCACUCCCACCAUCUGCAAGCAGACUUGUGCCCGUGGACACUGUUCCAACAGCUGUGAACGCGGUGACACCACCACCCUGUAUAGCCAGGGUGGCCAUGGGCAUGACCCCAAGUCUGGCUUCCGAAUCUAUUUCUGCCAGAUUCCCUGCCUGAACGGAGGCCGCUGCAUCGGCAGGGAUGAGUGCUGGUGCCCCGCCAACUCCACCGGGAAGUUCUGCCACCUGCCGGCCCCAAAUCUGGACAGGGGGCCUCCUGAGAGGGGUUCCCGCCACAGGGCCCUGCUGGAAGGCCCCUUGAGGCAGUCCACCUUCACCCUGCCUCUCUCCAACCAGCUGGCCUCCGUGAACCCCUCCUUGGUGAAGGUGCACAUUCACCACCCGCCGGAGGCCUCUGUGCAGGUCCACCAGGUGGCACGGGUGCGGGGCGAGGCCCCGGAGGAGAACAGCGUGGAGACCAGACCCUCACCCCGGCUGCCCGCCAGCCGUCACCACAGCCACUGGGACAGCAACAGCAUCCCUGCCCGGGCUGGAGAGGCCCCCCAGCCACCGCCCCCAGUAGCACCCAGGCCUCCGGGACUGCUGGGCCGCUGUUAUCUGAGCUCUGUGAACGGACAGUGUGCCAACCCCUUGCUGGAGCUCACUGCCCAAGAGGAUUGCUGUGGCAGCGUGGGUGCCUUUUGGGGGGUGACCUCGUGUGCCCCAUGCCCACCCAGACCAGCCUCCCCGGUGGUUGAAAAUGGCCAGCUCGAGUGUCCCCAGGGAUAUAAGAGACUGAAUCUCACUCACUGCCAAGAUAUCAACGAGUGCCUGACCCUGGGCCUGUGCAAGGACUUGGAAUGCGUGAACACCAGGGGCAGCUACCUGUGCACCUGUAGGCCUGGCCUCAUGCUGGACCCAUCCAGGAGCCGCUGUGUGUCUGACAAGGCCGUCUCCAUGCAGCAGGGGCUGUGCUACCGGUCGCUGGGGGCUGGCACCUGCACCCUGCCUUUGGCCCAGAGCAUCACCAAGCAGAUCUGCUGCUGCAGCCGAGUAGGCAAAGCUUGGGGCAGCAAGUGCGAGAGAUGCCCCCUCCCUGGCACAGAGGGCUUCAGGGAGAUCUGCCCUGCUGGCCACGGCUACACCUACUCCAGCUCACAUAUCCGCCUGGCCAUGAGGAAAGCUGAGGAGGAGGAACUGGCCAGGCCCUCCAGGGAGCAAGCGCAGAAGAGCUAUGGGACCCUGCUCGGGCCAGCGGAGAGGCAGCCGCUCCGGGCAGUCACCGACACCUGGCUGGAGGCCGAGACCGUCCCUGACAAGGGAGACUCCCAGGCUGGCCAGGUCACAACCAAUGUUACCCAAGUACCUGCCUGGGUCCCAGGAGAUGCCAUAGAAAGACCAACAUCACCACUUCCUGGACAAGAGAUUCCAGAAAACCAGGAAGAAGAGCAAGUGACCACCCCCCAGGAUGGGCUGGAGGCCCUGGGCCCUGCAGGCAUUGACCGAUGUGCCACUGGAGCCACCAACAUCUGCGGCCCUGGAACCUGCGUGAACCUCCCAGAUGGGUACAAAUGCAUCUGCAGUCCUGGCUACCAGCUGCACCCCAGCCAGGCCUACUGCACGGACGAGAAUGAGUGUCUGAGGGACCCCUGUGCAGGAAGAGGGCGCUGUGUCAACCGCGUGGGAUCCUAUUCCUGCUUCUGCUACCCAGGCUACACGCUGGCCACCUCGGGGACCACGCAGGAAUGCCAAGACAUAGACGAGUGUGAGCAGCCAGGGGUGUGCAGAGGGGGACGAUGCACCAACACAGAGGGUUCCUACAACUGCCAGUGUGACCAGGGCUACAUCAUGGUCAGGAAGGGACACUGUCAAGAUAUCAACGAAUGCCGUCACCCUGGCACCUGCCCGGACGGGAGAUGCGUCAACUCCCCCGGCUCCUACACUUGCCUAGCCUGCGAGGAGGGCUACCGGGGCCAGAGCGGGAGCUGUGUAGAUGUAAAUGAGUGUCUGACCCCCGGGGUCUGCACCCAUGGAAAGUGCAUCAACCUGGAAGGCUCCUUUAGAUGCUCUUGUGAGCUGGGCUACGAGGUCACCAAAGAUGAGAAGGGCUGCCAAGAUGUCGACGAGUGUGCCAGCCGGGCCUCAUGCCCCACGGGCCUCUGCCUCAACACUGAGGGCUCCUUCACCUGCUCCGCCUGUGAGAGCGGGUACUGGGUGAAUGAAGAUGGCACUGCCUGCGAAGACCUAGACGAGUGUGCCUUCCCGGGAGUCUGCCCCUCAGGAGUCUGCACCAACACUGCCGGCUCCUUCUCCUGCAGGGACUGUGAGGAUGGUUACCGGCCCAACCCCCUGGGCCACACCUGCGAAGAUGUGGAUGAGUGUGAAGACUUCCAGAGCAGCUGCCUGGGAGGCGAGUGCAAGAACACGGCUGGCUCCUAUCAGUGCCUCUGUCCUGCAGGCUUCCAGCUGGCCAAUGGCACCGUGUGUGAGGAUGUGGACGAGUGCAUGGGAGAGGAGUACUGUGCACCCCAUGGCGAGUGCCUCAACAGCCACGGUUCCUUCUUCUGUCUCUGCGCCCCAGGCUUUAUCAGCGCAGAGGGGGGCACCAGCUGCCAGGAUGUGGACGAAUGUGCAGUCACAGACCAGUGUCUGGGAGGACACUGUGUCAACACUGAGGGCUCCUUCAGCUGCCUGUGUGAGACCGGCUUCCAGCCCUCCCCAGAGAGCAGGGAAUGUGUGGAUAUUGACGAGUGUAAGGACUACGGAGACUCGGUGUGUGGGGUCUGGAGGUGUGAGAACAGCCCCGGCUCCUACCGCUGUGUCCUGGGCUGCCAGCCUGGCUUCCACAUGGCUCCGACUGGAGACUGCAUUGACAUAGAUGAGUGUGCCAACGACACCAUGUGUGGGAGCCACGGCUUCUGUGACAACACUGACGGCUCCUUCCGCUGCCUCUGUGACCAGGGCUUCGAGACUUCGGCCUCCGGCUGGGAAUGUGUUGACGUGAACGAGUGUGAGCUCAUGCUCGCGGUGUGUGGGGCGGCACUCUGUGAGAAUGUGGAGGGCUCCUUCCUGUGCCUCUGUGCCAGUGACCUGGAGGAGUACGACGCUCAGGAGGGGCACUGCCGCCCGCGGGUGGCUGGAGGUCAGAGUAUUCCUGAGGCCCCGCCAGUGGACCACCCCCCGGGCCCCAUCCGCAUGGAAUGCUACUCUGGGCAGAAUGACCAGCUGCCCUGCUCCAGCCUUCUGGGCCGGAACACCACACAGGCCGAGUGCUGCUGCACUCAGGGUGCUGCCUGGGGAGACGCCUGUGACCUCUGCCCAGCUGAGGACUCAGUGGAAUUCAGCGAGAUCUGCCCUAGUGGUAAAGGCUACAUCCCCGUGGACGGAGCCUGGAUGUUUGGACAGACCACGUACACAGAUGCGGACGAGUGUGCGAUGUUCGGGCCUGGGCUCUGCCAGAACGGCCGGUGCCUCAACACGGUGCCUGGCUACAUCUGCCUGUGCAAUCCCGGCUACCACUACAAUGCUGUCCACAGGAAGUGUGAAGAUCACGACGAAUGCCAGGACAUGGCCUGUGAGAACGGUGAGUGUGUGAACACUGAAGGCUCUUUCCACUGCUUCUGCAGCCCCCCACUCACCCUGGACCUGGGCCAGCAGCGCUGCGUGAACAGCACCGGCGGCACGGAGGACCUGCCUGACCACGACAUCCACAUGGACAUCUGCUGGAAGAGAGUCACCAAUUAUGUGUGCAGCCAACCCCUGCACGGGCGCCGCACCACCUACACAGAAUGCUGCUGCCAAGAUGGCGAGGCCUGGAGCCAGCAGUGUGCCCUGUGCCCCCCCAGGAGCUCUGAGGUCUACGCUCAGCUGUGCAAUGUGGCCCGGAUUGAAGCCGAGCGCGAGGCUGGGGUCCACUUCCGGCCAGGCUAUGAGUAUGGCCCUGGGCCCGAGGACCUGCACUACAGCCUCUAUGGCCCGGACGGGGCGCCCUUCUACAACUACCUGGGUCCUGAGGACACCAUCCCAGAGGCACCCUUCCCCAACACAGCCAGCCGCCCAGGGGACCACAUACCAAUACUUGAGUCCCCCCUGCAGCCCUCAGAACUCCAGCCCCACUACGUGGCCAGCCAUCCAGAGCACCAGGCUGGCUUUGAAGGGCUUCAGGCAGAGGAAUGCGGCAUCCUGAACGGCUGUGAGAACGGCCGCUGUGUGCGAGUGAGGGAGGGCUACACCUGUGACUGCUUCGAGGGCUUCCAGCUGGACAUGACCCACAUGGCCUGCGUGGAUGUCAAUGAGUGUGAUGACUUGAACGGGCCUGCUGCACUCUGUGCCCACGGUCACUGCGAGAACACCGAGGGCUCCUACCGCUGCCAUUGCUCCCCAGGUUAUGUGGCCGAGGCAGGCCCCCCACACUGUACUGCCAAGGAGUAGCAGUGAGGGCUCAGUGUUGUCAACUACCUGGAAAUGGACCCCGGCCACACAGGCAGGGGUCUUGAGGAGGCUUUCGUAGCUGGGAAGACACCAUGAGGAAGCAGGCAGAAGGCCCUGCAGCCCAGCUCCUAGCCACCCAGCCUGCUUUUCAUCUGUCCCAGCUUAGGCCCUGGCUGUGAGCUUGUCACUGCCUUCAUGCUGCCAUGCCCUUGCUUGGCUCAAACACCACCAAAUGCUUUAAAGCUUCAGCCACUGGCCAUGAGGACCAGUCUGCCAUCUGUCCUGGCCUUACUAUGGACGCUUACUAAAGGAUGGCCCUCAUCCACCCCCUCAAGCUGUGCAAACAUGCAAGGUCAUUCGGCCUCACAUUGCAGAUACCCUUUCCCAGCCAUGAUCCACAGAACAUCCUGAUUCCACAACUGGGUCAGAGGUUACAUCUGCCCAGGGGUGGUCCUUCAGUAUCUCUUGAGCAAAAAAGGAUUGGGGGAAGUUUAGGGAGUGACUCCAAGGCUGCCUCCCACUCAGCCAAUCCCAUCUGGGCCAGAUUUUGCCAGCUCUCCGUCCAGUUGCAGUUCUGUGGCCCCAGGACGGGCAGAAGAUGCGCUCAUCUCAGAGGACCAAGACUGAUACCAGCGUGCUGAGUGUAAGAGACACAAGUGAAGGGGAACAGGGAGCCUGAGAAAGCAGCAUGAGGGCAAUCUGAAAAAUAUGGGGGUUGUUAAGAGGGGGAGCCAAGACUUUCAACAAGUCUAAAGAAAAUGUUUGGUAGCUCCGGGCAAACACUCACCAUCUACCCAUGAUAGCUCACAUGCACCCCAGCAAGGGCUGCCGCAGGACAGCAAGGGCGCCCAUCUCCGAAGACCUGUAUUAAAUACACACUGCUUGUUACAGGAAACAGAUCUCUCCUAGGUUCUCCUUUUGUGGAUACCAGUUUUAAGGUACUAAAAAUAAAGGGGUCUGUUUUCUAGCUUGUGAGCUGCAGUGCAGUGUUCUGUAGGGGAAGCCAGGUUUCCAGUGUUGUUUUUCUAUUCUCAGAUGCCCCUGCCACCUUUCUGUCAAAAAUGGGAUGGCUGGUCUCCCUCUCAGUUUACAAGGAGAGACCCACUCCAACCUUGGCUAGCCGGGAGUUUAAAACCAUGGUGGAAUAAAAAGAUGCACAUCUGGGC